AUGAAAGACAUUUCUCAUGGAAAAGAAUCGUUCAAGCUACAGAACCCAAGCGCCGCACAAUCGCCCGCCACACUUCCCGUAACCUCCGUGGAUUAUUCCGAGGACGACAGUUGCCCCUCGAGUCCCUCCGAAUCCGCCAUGGUUGAAACAAAUCACGCAACCUCGCAUCAUUUGAAUCGCAGUCCAAGCAGUCCUCCGCGCGCCAUGUCUGCCGAAACGCAAAACUACUUGAACACAACGGCGAUGCUCGGCAACUACUUGGGCCAUCGUCUGUCGUCGCUGCAAAAUGAACGCAACGCACGCGAAAUUCCAUCGUCUCCUUGUUCGCCGCCAUCUCCGUCAACGGCGCCACCCGCUCAGAGCCCCAAUGGAACACGAACACAAGCACCUACGUCACUUUUUACCAUCGACAGUAUUUUAGCGCCGACAAAAUCGAAUGUCACGUUGAACAAUAACAAUCGCAGCUCGGAAAGUCCUGGCAGUUCACCGCCGGCAAGUGCAAACACGAGUCCCAUGAGACCACGAAUUCCGAUGUUGCAUCAUCCGGGCUUGCAUUUGGGGCAUUUGGCAGCUGCUGCGGCAAGUGGCUUCGGAAGCACGUCGGAAUUUUUAGUCGCUUAUCCAAAUUUUUACCCAAAUUAUAUGCAUGCAGCUGCAGUGGCAGCUGCCCAAAUACAAGCAGGACACGCCUUGGCAGGACAUCAUCAUGCGUCGCAUCACAUGUCGGGUCACCAUCAUGGGCCGCCGCCCAAGAGGAAACGUCGUCAUCGCACCAUUUUCACCGAGGAACAAUUGGAACAACUCGAAGCGACUUUCGAUAAAACGCACUAUCCGGAUGUUGUGCUGCGGGAACAACUCGCACUUAAAGUUGACCUGAAAGAAGAACGCGUUGAGGUGUGGUUCAAAAAUCGUCGUGCAAAAUGGCGAAAACAGAAACGUGAGGAACAGGAACGUCUUCGAAAGUUACAAGAUGAACAUAAUGGCAUCACAUCGACACCGCGAAAGUCCACAAAUGACCCCACAGACUUGUCAACGAGUCACAAUCAGCUCCAAAGUUCCCUUCAUAGCUACAGCGACGCCGAAGAUUCGUCAGAUCUUGAAGUGGCAUAAACUGUGUGA